UGUGUAUAAGGAUAACAUGUGAAACACACACCUGCUGCCAGAGAAACACGUCUACAAACUGGAAGCUAUGAAGCUGACCGUGCUGUUCUGGGCUGUUCUGCUGUUUUCUGUCUGUGUCCUUUCCCACCAGGAUGAGACAGCAUCUGUGUUUCCAAACAACCACAAGUUGAGGACAUCUGGAGGACCAAAAUCAGAAGCUCUUGUUGAUCUCACAGAGCCCAACUGUGGGAAGUACGAAGGAGGAAUCUGCACCAAGGAGUAUGCUCCAGUAUGUGGGAGCGAUGGAAAAACCUAUGACACCGAGUGUCUUCUCUGCAAGAAGAACAGAGAAGAGAAGAAUACUGUGAAGGUGGCGAAAAAGGGGCCAUGCGCUUCCUAGAUGGCUAUGUUGCACUCAUGGGUGUUAGAUAGGGCCUAUUGAUUUCCUGUGUUUGUGUUCUCAAUAAAGUUACCUUCUGCAGCAUG